UAUAACUGUUCCAAUACACGUUAUAAUGGCCUUUACAAGCGAGCCCUUGAUGGGCCGAAAUAUUAGUUUAAUUUCCAGGCCGAUCCACAGAGAUGGGCCGUCAUUCCGGGCCUCCAAUUUGUUGGAUGAGAGUGAGCCGGGCCAGAUCCUGGCCGUCUGCUCCUAUCCGACGGCCUGGAGUAGCGGUUGCGGAGAUUCCGGUGCUCGGUCGCCUCCGCUCUCCGCUCCGGCGGCGAAAACCCGGUGCCGGCCGCCGCACGCCGGCAGCCAUGUUCUCUCCUACAAGGGCCGUACGCGUUCUGGAACCAAGGCUCCUCGGAGCGGAGGAAGCCGGAUCUCCGCGGUCGGCGCAAGGCACGGCGCGGCAGCCAUGGCUCCACAGCCUCCACCUGCAACUAUUCUAAAUACUAGACCUUCUGCCGACUCUCCACUGCUCUCUCAUCUCUUCCGUUUUGUCCAUAUUCCUUUAAACUCUGAGCUUGGAGCCAUGGCUGAGCUACUCUCAGCUCUUCUACCUGCCCUUCUGAAGAAAGCUGGCGAGUCUCUCUCCACAGAGUUUAGUUUCAUUGGGGGUAUUGAACACCGGCGUUCAGAGCUGUAUACCUUGCUGCUUGCCAUCAACCAAGUGAUCUAUGGUGCCGAGGAGCAGGCAUCCAAGAAGCCUGCUGUGAAGUCCUGGAUCACCAAGCUGAAGCUGGCUGCCUGUGAUGCUGAUGAUGCCCUCGAUGAGCUGCACUACGAGGCGCUUCGCAGCGAGGCACUCCGUCGUGGGCAUAAAAUCAACAGUGGCGUAAGGGCUUUCUUCUCUUCUCAUUAUAAUCCUUUACUGUUCAAGUAUAGGAUAGGAAAGAAACUCCAGCAGAUAGUUGAACAGAUUGAUCAGCUUGUUUCGCAAAUGAAUCAAUUUGGGUUCCUAAAUUGCCCCAUGCCAGAGGAUGAGAGGAUGCAGACCUAUUCCUACGUCGACGAGCAGGAAGUUAUUGGAAGGGACAAAGAAAGAGAUGAAAUCAUCCAUAUGCUUCUAAGUGCCAAGAGUGACAAAUUGCUAAUACUUCCUAUUGUUGGGAUAGGAGGAUUGGGCAAGACAACUCUUGCACAGCUGGUCUUCAAUGACGUGAAAGUGAAAGCACAUUUUCAAAAGCAUAUGUGGGUUUGUGUCUCAGAGAACUUCAGUGUUCCUGAUAUUGUCAAGGGGAUAAUUGACACUGCAAUUGGGAAUGAUUGUGGACUGAAGAGUGAUAACCUGGAAUUGCUACAACAACGUCUCCGGGAAGAACUGAGCCAAAAGAGGUACCUCCUUGUACUAGAUGAUGUUUGGAAUGAAGAUGAACAAAAAUGGGAGGCUCUAAGAACAUUGCUUUGUUCCUGUAAAAUGGGAAGUGCGGUGGUUGUCACUACCCGAAAUUCGAAUGUUGCGUCAGUCAUGGGGACAGUUCCUCCAUUGGCUCUAGAACAACUUAGCCAAGAAGAUUCCUGGACUCUAUUCUGUGAAAGAGCGUUCCGUACAGGUGUGGCCAAGUCUUGUGAGUUUGUCGAGAUUGGUACAAAAAUUGUUCAAAAAUGUUCUGGAGUCCCAUUAGCAAUAAAUAGUAUGGGAGGCCUGCUGAGUAGAAAACAUAGUGUAAGGGAUUGGCUGGCGAUCCUUCAAAACAAUACUUGGGAGGAAAAUAACAUACUGACAGUCCUAUCAUUGAGCUACAAACAUCUACCUUCUUUUAUGAAACAGUGCUUUGCUUUUUGUGCUGUAUUCCCAAAGGACUACGAGAUUGAUAAGGAUGAUCUAAUACAUCUGUGGAUAUCAAAUGGAUUCAUUCCAUCUAAAGAGACCUCGGACAUAGAAGAAACUGGGAACAAGGUUUUUCUGGAGCUUCUUUGGAGAUCAUUUUUCCAAAAUGCGAAGCAAACUCGGUCCCGCAAGGAAGAGUACAUAUAUGGGUACAAAGAUGUAACUACAUGCAAAAUUCAUGAUCUUAUGCAUGAUCUUGCAGUUUCUAUAAGCGGGGAUGAGUGCUAUACUUUGCAAAAUCUUGUUGAAAUAAAUAAAAUGCCGAAGAAUGUCCAUCAUCUAGUUUUCCCACAUCCACACAAGAUUGGUUUCGUGAUGCAGCGUUGUCCAAUUAUCCGAAGUCUAUUUAGUUUACAUAAGAAUCAUAUGAAUUCUAUGAAGGACGUCAGAUUCAUGGUGUCCCCUUGUAGAGCGCUUGGGCUUCAUAUCUGUGACAAUGAAAGAUUCUCAGUUGAACCAGCAUAUAUGAAGCACUUGCGGUAUCUUGAUUUAUCCUCUAGCGACAUAAAAACACUCCCUGAAGCGGUCAGUGCACUGUACAAUUUACAAAUACUAAUGCUCAAUAGAUGCAGGGGCCUGACUCACCUGCCUGACGGCAUGAAAUUUAUGAUCAGCCUUCGCCAUGUGUACCUUGAUGGUUGUUCUAGUCUACAAAGGAUGCCGCCGGGUCUAGGGCAGCUCAGCAGUUUACGAACAUUGACAAUGUAUAUGGUUGGCAAUGAAUCUGAUUGUAGACUUCAUGAACUCAAGGACUUAGAACUUGGGGGCAAGCUACAAAUACAUAAUUUGCUGAAGAUGAAUAUUUGCAAUUAUGCCGUCCUGAAGAAGUGCUGGAUGCUCUUAAGCCUCCCAACGGAUUAAAAGUUCUAAAGCUAAGGCAAUAUAUGGGCUCCAACUUUCCAAUGUGGAUGGAAGAUGGUGUGACACUGCAAAAUAUUGUUAAACUCAGUUUGAGAGGCUCUGUAAUGUGUGUCAAACUCCCACCAGUGUGGCAGCUUC